AUGCAGGAAAACCUCCCUCCGUCUUCCUCUCUCUCCAGACACUCGCAGACCUACGGAUGCUCGCAGUCUGAGCUCUUGAAGACUCGGCGCAGAUGUAGCAGUGCUGGACGGGUCGGUCAAGGGGGUUGCUUCUGGAAACUUGGGAACCAAUCGUAUGAGGCGAAAGAGUUGACCUCCUCGGACACCGUCACAACUUCACAACCCUCCUCACAGCGCGUGGGACCUGCCCUGGGUACUCCGGGACGCCAACCCAGGCCCCCCCAUGGUUUGGGCUGGCGUUUGGCGUUUGGCGGUUGGCGUUUUGAGUCUCCCCCCAACUUCACUUCACGUCUGCCAUUUUGUCUUUCCAACUGCUUUGCCUCCAAAGAUCCGUACCUCCGUGACAUUGGCGGCAAGAAUAGCAGUCUUUCGCGCCUCAGCUUAGCGUCCUUUGCGGAUCAUUCGUCUCGUUUGGAUUUAGAUGGUUCCCGUGGUCAAACUCCUGUGAUGAACCCUGGCAUCUACGUAGCACGGAGUACUCCUACGCAAUAUCUUCUAAUAGAAAACAUCCAUGGUUCAAAUGGGAGAGCAGCAGCCUUCCAUUUGAUUGUGUACGGUUACUACGCGGACAUAGGUCUUGACAACAAGAUUGCAUCCAUCACGCAUUGUCACGGUGAGCCGUUGUUGGCGUCUUUCUCGUGUGCCAUUACCUCAGCGUACGGUUUUGCCUCUAUGGAUAUUAGCUGCCCUGGGACACUUGACCAUUCGGAGCCGACGCCCCUCCGCGUCACCGUCCAAAGUCACUGCAUUCAACAGCUGUACUCUUUCUCUUUUCUACUCCUUGAUUCGCACUCGGUCCGUCAGAUUGCGCAAUGUUCCGACCUCCGAGCUGCGUUUCUAAUCUCUCUAGAAGCCGAUAGAGUUCAACGUCCCAGAAACUUCCGCAUCACGGCCGCGCACCACACGAUCCAAGGAGGAAACACGGGGCCCAUGGCCCUUGCUGGACAUAUGGCUGUGGGCAGCCUAGCUAGCUGGACAUGCCCCUACGGUGCUAACUUGGUAUUUCCUGUGAAUCGAACCACGCGAUCUUGCCGUGUUACUCGCGAACAAACACGCCUCGCCCAAACUCCCUGCGUAAGCCAUAUGCAGCUGGCAGCCGCCGGUAUCGGCAUUUUCCUACAAUUCCAACCGGCAGUUCCCGAAUAUGUCUGCCCGCGUUUGCGUUAUCUGAUCUAUUCCAGUGUUCACGAGAUUCUGCCAUGA